AUGUCGACUACACUGUUGAUAUCUGAACGGAUGGUAAGUCCAUUAAGGGCUGUUAAGAAUUUCAACUACCAUAAAGGAGCGUCUAUUACAUCGGUUGACUUUGAUGAUCUGGGCCAAUACUUGAUCUCAUGUGGAAUCGACAAAUCAAUACAGGUAUAUGACAUUCACAAGGGAAAGCAUUUUAAAGAUGUUCAAUCUCAGAAAUAUGGAGCUCAUCUGGCACGAUUUAUUCAUAAGGGCCUCAACUGUUUAUAUGCGUCUACUCCAGGGGAAUCUUCUGCAGAAACCGAUAGUGAUGCAAUUAGAUACUUACAAUUGGCGGAUAAUCAAUAUGUGCGAUACUUUAGAGGUCAUGCAGCCCAAGUACUUGAUAUUCAAGUUAACCCGGUGGCAGAUACAUUUGUUAGUGCCAGUCUUGAUUGUACUGUGAAGAUGUGGGAUUUACGAGUUGCCAAUGCUACUGGAAACAUCAACACUAAAGUACCAUCUAUAAUAGCAUAUGAUCCUCAUGGAGUGGUUAUGGCUUUAGGACGACAAUCGAUACUGGGAAAAUUACAAUCUACGGAAAACCAUACUAAUAAUAAAGGAAGAAUAGAUUUCUUUGAUUUGCAAAAUUACGAUAAAGGGCCAUUCCUACUGGUUGAAUUGGAAACUUUACCCAAUGCAAUUUGGAAUAAGUUGGAAUUUUCAAAUAAUGGUAAACUAUUACUACUAGGCACAGAUGGACCAGAACAUUAUGUGUUGGAUGCAUUUCUGGGUGUUUUAUUGACUACGAUUCUGCUUACAUUACCAAAUGAAUUUAAACCUGGGGAUCGAUGGAUGAGAUUCAAUUAUCAUUGUUCUGGUUCAGUAUGUUUCACACCUGAUGGAAGAUACAUAAUUGUUGGAUCUCCCUUGAAGAAUAUACUAAUUUAUGAUACAAACAAUAUGAACACAAACCCAAGUACAGUUAAUAAUAGACACAAGCUACUCCCCAUAAAGAACUACAGAACAGAAAAUGGGGUUCCCAAAAUAGUGGCCUUUAAUCCUAAACUUUUUACUUUGGCUGUGGCUGAUAACACGGUAACUCUUUGGCAAUCGGAAGCACAGUAA